AUGCCAUUCAAUUUUUUAUGUUGUGUGAGAGCUGGAGUGGAAGACAUAGUGGAACUGGACUAUUCACACCAGUCCCUGACCGAUGUUCCCACUGACGUGUUCGUGUACGAGCGGACGUUGGAGACACUUUUGUGUCAGUGCAACCGGAUCGCUGAGUUACCGCGACAACUGUUCAUGUGCCAUGGUUUGAAGUUUUUAGAUUUAAGCGACAACGAGCUCCAGGCUAUACCCUCCGCCAUAUCUUCACUGGUGAACUUGCACUACCUUAAUGUCAAUAGGAACACUUUAGCCUCUAUCCCGGACAGUAUGAAGGCCCUAAAGCAUUUAUUAUUUUUAGACCUUAGUGUUAAUCCUUUAGAAAAACUGCCAGACACUAUCACAAACCUGACGGCACUUCAAGAGUUGUAUCUCAGUGACACUUACCUUGAAUAUCUGCCGGGCAAUUUUGGAAGACUCGCACACUUACGCAUACUAGAACUGAGGGAUAACUAUCUCAUGAUUUUGCCAAAGUCCUUGUCAAGAUCGACAGACUUGUUGAGAUUGGACAUCGGUCAAAAUGAAUUUCAGCAGUUUCCCGAAGUUAUUGGGAGAUUUUUAAAAUUGAAAGAAUUGUGGAUAGACGGCAACAGCUUUACAAAUAUAUCAUCAGUGAUAAAACCGCUAGAGAAUUUGGUUCAUUUGGAAGCCAGCAAUAAUAUGAUUGAAGAGUUGGCUCCUGAAAUUGGACAUUGCACCCAACUGCAAGACUUGUGCUUAUCCAUUAACAACCUGACGCAGUUACCGGACAGCAUAGGCAAGCUGAACAACUUAACAUCGCUCAAAUUAGACAAUAACCGACUUUAUUCUAUACCGGAGAGCAUAGGUCAACUGAAAAAUUUGGAGGAACUUAUGUUAAUGUGUAAUUAUUUAGACAACCUCCCAUCAUCUAUCGGUCUCCUCAGAAAACUACAGUACCUCAAUGUCGAUGAGAAUAUGUUAAGGUACAUUCCACCCGAGAUCGGGAGUUGCAGCAAAUUGUCUGUUCUGUCUCUCCGAGCGAAUAAACUGACUAAAGUCCCACCGGAGGUCGGACACUUGACCGCUUUGCGUGUACUCAAUUUAGUCAGAAACUCUCUUAGUUUUUUGCCCCAGUCUCUACUGAACUGCGAAAAUUUAGUGGCCCUUUGGCUUUCUGAGAAUCAAAGUAAGCCACUAGUACCCAUGCAUUCAGAAAUAGAUCCUCACACGUACGAGCAGGUCCUGACAUGUUUUCUCUUUCCGCAAGUGCCUUUAGAACCCGUUGAGUUGAAAAUUGAAAAAGAAAAGUCUGAAACUGGUGACGCUCAAAAUUCCGUGAGACACAUCACCUUCGUAGACAUGAAGCCGACCAUCAAACUGCCAGAGAAGGGGGGACAGUUGAGGCGGGCGCCGACUCCCUAUCCCAAGGAGCUCAGAGCCAUGGCCAAGCACGCGAGGAGUAUUCACAAAGACGGCGCUCAAGACGGUAUUCCGAUGCAGAACGCUGUCCAUAUAAAAGCCGCUAAAAUAACUCCCACUUUACAGCAGAGAUUCGCAUCCGACAAUCAGAUAGAAGACACCCUCUUAAAUAACGACACUAACGUCGGUUCUACCGAACAAGAUCCCAUGAAUGUGUCACUCUACGACAAUCUUCCGACCGAAAACUCCUAUGACAAACCCUUAGAUCUCGCACACGAACAGGAUACGACCUAUAAAAGCGUCGAUCACGCUCUCUAUUCAGAAAACAACACGGCCAACACGAACGUGUUCAAAGACGACGUCAGUUCGUAUUCGUUAGUGUCCAGCCACUACAGUAUUAGUCAAAGUGAUAAAUAUGGCCGCGUCGACCCCGGUAGAGCUAAUCGUCCAGUACAACACAACAACUACGCAGAGUGUCAAAGUUUUCCCACUUCGUGUGAAAAUAACUACAGAAGUUGUAACGACGAAGCCUGCGAGCAGAUGCAACGGUUGAGUCUGAGCUCCCAAGAUAGACAUUGCCCGGACGAGCCGUUGCUCACUCACUAUAGGGAACCUCCGUACGGCUCGAGGUGCACGGUGGACGGCAACCUUCACUGCGAUCCAGCCUAUAUUACGAAAGACGCGUUCCACGACUCCGCGUACAGAGGCGACGCCUACGCUAGCGCAAAGGAGAAACUGUACAAUAGACAGAACUACGACGUCUUCAACUACCAUCCGAAUGUGGGACGCCAACUGCCGAGUCCCCGGCUGCAUACGGUCAGCCAAAUAGUGAAUUCGACGACUUUGCCUAAUAUUAGUCAUUAUAACGCGUACUCAAAUCAAAGAGAGGACGUGCACUUCAGCUCGGCCGCAUCGGCGAGCCCGACUUACGUGGCCACGCAGUCGCCCGAGCUCUACUCUCCGACCGGGCACACGAACGACACGAACCCUUACCGCAUGACGAACACUCCCCUGGUGUCGGACGACGGUAGCUUCCCCCACGUGCAGCAGAUGGCCACGCAGAACGUGUACGACGUGUACGGCGCUAUUCCGCCGUCCUCCGAAGUGACCGCGGCGCACAGGCGAAGUCCGUGCAUAUCGGAGUCUUCGUACGUGAGGGCUCAGCCCCCGCCGUACCACAUCGCGGCCCCCUACACCAAACACGCGCAGUACUUCAACGGCUCCGGCGGAUAG